AUGAAUUUCAGCGGUUUUGUUCGUCACGACGACGAAGAUAAAUCCUCCGGCGGCGAAACAGUCGGUGGUGGAAAUCAUUUCUCUUCCGCAGCCGCCGAUAUGUCCAGUGGUCUGGUUAAAUCCAUCUUCUCUUCUCCUCGUCUCUCUCUUGGUCUCCAAACGAAUGUAGAUAACAACGGAGGAGAGGUGGGUAGAACCGGUGAGAGUUUCGAGGUGAGUGUCACUCGGAGAAGUCCAGAGAGCAGAUCUGGAAGCGAUAACGCCGAAGCACUCUCCGGCGACGAUGACCUAGACGCUUCUGAGAGACCUUUAAAGAAGAAGAAACGUUACCACCGACAUACUCCUCAACAAAUACAAGAGCUCGAAUCGGUUUUCAAGGAGUGUCCUCAUCCCGGUGAAAACCAACGGCUAGAUCUUAGCCGUCGGCUUAACCUGGAUUCUCGCCAAGUCAAGUUCUGGUUCCAAAACCGCCGUACUCAAAUGAAGACGCAAAUUGAACGCCAUGAAAAUUCGUUACUGAGACAAGAGAACGAUAAGCUCCGAGCGGAGAACAUGUCUGUACGGGAAGCCAUAAGGAAUCCGAUGUGCGGUCACUGCGGUGGCUCCGCCGUUCUCGGAGAGAUCUCUCUCGAAGAGCAUCACUUGCGAAUCGAGAACUCACGCCUCAAAGACGAACUCGACCGUAUCUUUGCCUUAGCCGGUAAAUUCAUUAACCGGUCCGACGUUGAGCCCCCCGGUUCACACCAUUUACCAAAUUCCGCACUCAAACUCGGCGUCGGUUCACAAAACGGUUACGGCGGUGGUGCUGGGGGCGGCGGUUUCACUCUCGUACCUCCUGGAUUCGAGAUUUCAUCACCUCCCUUCUUCUCCGGUUUGGCAGCUCCGGUUAAACGUACCGGUAGUACGGAUGUUGCUACUGGACUCGAUCAGAAGUCAGUGUAUCUGGAAUUAGCUCUCUCCGCCAUGGACGAGCUCGUGAAAAUGGCGCAAACAAGUGAGCCACUUUGGAUCCCGUGCUCGAAAGGCAGGCGCGAAAUGCUUAACCGAGAAGAAUACGACAAAAAUUUCACCUCUUGUGUUGGUCCUAAACCGGACGGGUUUGUCUCAGAAGCUUCUAAAGAAGUUGGAAUGGUUAUCAUCAAUAGCUUAGCCCUCGUCGAGACCUUAAUGGACUCGGAACGAUGGUCAGAGAUGUUUCCAUGUAUGAUCGCAAGAAAUUCGACUACCGAAAUUAUCUCUAGUGGUAUGGGAGGGACAAGAAACGGUGCUCUUCAUCUGAUGGAAGCAGAGCUUCAGUUGCUAUCACCACUUGUGCCGAUUCGUCAAGUGAGUUUCUUAAGGUUCUGUAAACAACACGCAGAAGGUGUUUGGGCGGUCGUGGAUGUCUCUGUCGACAGGAUAAGCGAACGAGACGGUUCAGCCACAGCUCGGUCUUCUCUGAGCUGUAGAAGGCUACCGUCUGGUUGCCUUGUGCAAGACAUGCCCAAUGGCUACUCUAAGGUAACAUGGAUUGAUCACACCGAGUACGACGAGAGCAAAGUCCACCAAUUGUAUCGUCCAUUAGUCAGCUCCGGUCUCGCCUUCGGCUCCAAACGGUGGAUAUCCGCUCUGCAACGGCAAUGCGAAAGCCUCACCAUCCUCAUGUCCUCAACAAUCCCCAACCACAACAAUAAACCCACACCUAUAAGCUCUCUAGGGAAGAAGAGUAUGCUAAAGCUAGCCCAAAGAAUGACUGAGAAUUUCUCUAGAGGCGUGUGUGCUUCCUCUUCUCAGAAAUGGAGCAGGCUUGAGGUGGGUAACAUCGAUGAUGACGUGAGGAUCAUGACGAGGAAGAACGUGGAUGAUCCCGGCGAACCACCAGGGAUUCUUUUAAGCGCCGCCACCUCCGUGUGGGUCCCGGUUUCACCAAGACGGCUCUUUGAUUUUCUACGAGAUGAGCUUUUGAGAUCGGAAUGGGAUAUUUUAUCCAACGGUGGACCGAUGCAGGAGAUUGCUAACAUCUUCAAGGGCCAAGAUCACUCCAAUUCCGUCUCCCUCCUCCGUUCCACUGCGAUGAGUGCGAAUCAGAGCAGUAUGUUAAUACUACAAGAGGCGAGCAUAGACGCAUCUGGAGCAUUUGUUGUGUACGCGCCUGUUGAUAUACCUGCGAUGCACUCUGUGAUGAACGGUGCAGAUUCUGCUUACGUGGCUCUGCUUCCUUCCGGGUUUGCGAUUCUCCCAGAUGGUCAAGGGAAGGAAGAAAACGGUUCGCUGCUCACCGUGGCGUUUCAGAUUCUGGUUAACUCUCUUCCUACGGCCAAGCUCAACGUGGAAUCAAUCGAAACCGUUAAUAAUCUGAUCUCGUGCACCGUACAGAAAAUCAGAGCUGCUCUUCGAUGUGAUAAAUAA